AUGGCCAAGUCGACGCGUUUUUUCGCCCAAAACGACAAUCUCGCAAUAUUUCAGGACGACUUGUUCGAUGAUUCCCGUCCCAUGACGAGCCACGCCCCCAUGCCAUCCGUCACUCGUCCCCCGCGUCGACCCCUAAGUGCCUCUAGCUCCAACGUCACUCUCGAUCCGCCACCAACGGCCAUGUCCGGCUACUCGCCCUACAAGACCAAGUCCUCCUCCCCUCGCUCUCCUCUCAAGGCCUCCCAAGGUCACCGACAUAACAUGAUCUCCAUGGCUCCUCCCAUGGUCAAGCGCCACACCACCGACAGCCUACAAAAGAGACCGCAGCUCUCCAAGUUCAAAACAGCGCCGCAGAGACCAACUUUUGACCUCGGCUUUGGAAAGGAGAAUGUCCACCCGCAGCUCUAUCCCGCGCUUCCCACGCUCAACAUCUCCAUGGAAAAUUACUAUCAGCAAAAGCCCAAUGCUAACGGCAAGCGCGGCCCCGGCCUCAUGGAUGCUGCCCCGAUCCGAGAUCCUCGUGCCAAGAAGCCCAAGACGGAUGACAACGCUUUGCCGCCUCACGACUCCUUCCCCCCCGUCAUUGACGACGGUACCAAACCACCUCACAGUUACGCUCAGCUUAUUGGCAUGGCCAUUCUCCGAUCUCCCCUUCGCCGACUCACCCUCGCACAGAUCUACAAGUGGAUCAGUAGUAACUACUCUUUUUAUCACCCGGACGACUCCGGCUGGCAAAACAGCAUUCGCCAUAACCUGAGCCUCCACAAGAACUUCAUCAAGAUCGAACGCCCCAAGGACGACCCUGGCAAGGGCAACUACUGGGGCAUUGAGCCUGGCACUGAGCACCAGUUCCUCAAGGAGAAGCCCGCACGGAAGUCGGUUCCUUCUGCAGAGAAUCUGCCGGUUAUGUCGACGCGUCUCGAGCCUUCGACCCGCCCUGUCCCGAAUGUCAGUCUUCCGGAGCCUACUCUACCGCCUCAGGGGUCUCGCCGCCCAUCUCUCUUGCCGCCUCUGCCUACCUCACAGGCCACCAUGUCCAUGCCCGCCGAGAUUUCUUCCGAUGCCACAAUUCCCAUCUCAGACGCCGCUGCUCCCGAGGAUGCCGCCGACCGCCACGACAACGAGCUGCCUCAUGACUCCAUGUACUCACCUUUGCCUGCCAACAUGCACUCGUCACCGCCUGUGCCUCGACAUGGAGAGCGGACCGGCACUCCUCCUCCCAUGACCGGCCAGCCCGCCUCGUCCAUUACUCGCUCCCACAAGCGCAAGUUUGCCUCAAUGGAUGACAGCGGCUAUAUUUCCUCCCUAGAAUCUUCUGCCAUGCGUCCCAACCAAAAGGCCAUGCUCUUGACUUCCGAAGCUGAUCGUCCCCGCAUCAACCGUGGUCGCGCUGAGGAGGAGAUUGCCCGCCUACGCCACUCUUCCCCCUUUAGCCCGACCAAAUCCCGCUCCCUGUCCGUCUACGGCCCCGUCUCCUCCUCUCCCCUGAGACAGGCUUGCGAGAACCAAGCUCUACCGCCUCUGACCCCCAUAGUCAGGAUGAAGCCUCCUGUCCGCCCACCUCCCUCCGCCUCUCCCAAUACCAACUUGCGGAUUCAUCGCGACAAGGUCCGCAGCAUGCUCCAGUCGCCUCUUCGCCGCGUCACUGGUGUCACCGAUGAGGUACUGCCUUGGAGUCCGGCUUUCAAUCUCGACGAUACUCUUUACGCCUUCGAUGAUUCUGGCGACAACGCCAAUGAUUUUGAUAUCUUCCAAGACAUUAAUGGCCUGGAUGACAAUACCUUUGCUGUUAUCGGCUCCGUGGACUCUGGCUCCCCUGUUAAGCGGUCUGCCAAACGCGCCCGCCUCGACCGAUCACUUUCCUCGUCUGGUAUCGACCAAUUCACCGGCUCGGUCAAGAAGGCGAUUACGUCGGCCCCCCUGCUCCGCGUCCCCGAGCACUCGCCUCUGCGCUUCCUUGACACCCCUAGCAAGGUCUUCGAAGGGCUGAGCUCACCCUCUAAGCUUCUGCAAGAGUCCCCCACCCGUGCCUCGCCUAGCAAGUUCUCGAGUGUCAUGUUGGGAAUGUCAGCCGAUGACUGUUGGACGUCACUGGGUCUGGAUUCCAACGAGUUUCCCUCGGGCAAUGAGAAUACGGAAUUUGGCGGCGUUGAUAUCCUACAGGGCUUUCAGAAGAUUGGUGGCUCGAACGCUCAGCAAUCGAAACCAAACCGCUCUAACAAGCCCCCUCUGGGACGCAGCUACUCGACGGCAUUUUGA